AGAGGCCGAAGGGAAGGAGCAGGCUGUAGGGGACUGGAGAGAAGGGAGUUCCAGGGAGGACACGGAGGCCAAGAAGCAAAAGAUAUGGCAUUAGGGUGGACACAGCCACUGGAUACUAACUGUUGAGCAUUGGAACUGAGGAUUUCUCAGCUGAUGAGGCGCUAGGAAGUUCAAACACCAUUGUGUCUGGGUCCUGGACCGGUGAUUGGGAGAGAGCUCUCACAGGUCUCCCUCUAGGGCAGGAUGGCCCAGGAUCUCAGUGAGAAGGAGCUGCUGAGGAUGGAGGUGGAGCAGCUGAAGAAGGAAGUGAAGAACCCACGUGAUCCGAUUUCUAAGACAGGAAAGGAAAUCAAGGAUUAUGUAGAGGCCCAAGCAGGGACCGACCCUCUUCUCAAAGGCAUCCCAGAAGACAAGAAUCCCUUCAAGGAGAAAGGCACUUGUGUGCUAAGCUGAUGGCCUACCCUCACCACCCUCACCCUCUGUGUCCCUCUUCAGCCAUGCCCAAGUGUACUGGAAUACCUAAGGACCAAUGUUUACUUCCUCUUAGACACAAAUAAAGAU